AUGGAAAAUCCUUGGUUGUCUCCAUCGUGUCCGUUCUCCAAUCCACCUUCUUCCCUCUGCGACCUUCUCCACGCAAUCAAACAGCUGAGCAUCUCCCACAAGGCAUCAUCACCAAAAUCAAUGGAGACCUCUACAGCAGUUCAUCAAUUCCGACGCACUUCGACCGCCUCGCAGGCCGCCCUCGAAGACAACGUUCGCGUCCUGUGUGACAUGGUCGACAGCGUUCUGAGAACUAGCGCCGAAUUUUCUCCACUCCGAAUCGACGUUCGACCACUCUACCCUAGAGGCACCUACAUGAGUCAAUGUCAAGAAUCAAAGUCCUCCUUAUCCGCAAUGUCCCCCAAGACGUUUAGCAUGGCGAAAACAGCUAUCUGUCAGGUGGACGACGCUGUUGUUUCUCGACUGAGCAGAGACACUCUGCUGAAUCUUUUCCCGAGUCCUCCUCAGGCACCCCUGAAGUCCAGAACAACAUGUGCGACGUGUCCUACAGCGCCUCCAACGCCAAACACACGCCCAGUCCAAGCUCCUCCGAAAUAUCGCUCACGGAAAGCCGGCAGGAACCGAAACUGGGUCAUCACUUCUGGCCUCUUUCUGACGCCCCCUACGGUAGAUGAGCAAGAAUUUCACUUUGGCACUAGCCCUGGAAUGUCACGCGCCAGCGACGCGACGCUUAGGUGGAGCACGAUGAAACAUGGUCUAGCGGCGCCAGCUCUCUAUCCGCCUCGUCAUCCGCUAUCACCUUGCAGUCCUGUGUCAGCUUUGGAAACGCUUGUGGAGCGUCAAGACCAGGAUCGAGUCGUCAACAAGCAGAUGGCAUCGGGAUCAAUUAACAAGCAUCCAGCCUCCUCUCGGAAACCUUCCACGUCAGCGCCUUCCCCAGUGUCCCCUCUGGAACACCUAGACGAAUUAUCACAGCAUCUAUUGAACAUUGAAACGCAGCUGCGAAGGCCUUCGUUUCUCAUGAAUGGCAGGAUGUCCAUCCUAUCGACUUUGUUUACCUCAGCUUCAGAAGCGUCAGCUGUGGAGAAACACGAUUCACGGGAGCGCCUGUUGGCAGAGCUUUCCUUGGCAGUCGGAAGUGUUGACAUGCCCUCACCUUCUGAGGCGUCCAUCUUUGUCAUCGAGCCAGUUAUCGACACCAUUGAGCAGGCUCCCUGCGAGUCAGAAGAAGAAGAAAUGGACUGGCGAGCCUGGCAUGACGCAUGGAGGCGAAGGAGAAUGAAGCCCGAACACGAAUCACCCUCGUCUUCCACAACUUCGCUUCCUGUCCCAUCUUACUCCUCCCCCAACUCUAAAAGCUGCAGCCCAAAGGAUUCGACGAAUAAUUCCUCGGCCGGUUUCCUGAGGCGCCGAAAAGGAAAGAGUCAAGAUGCCAUGGGAAUGCUGACGCCGAAGCCGACAUUAAAGUCGCGCAAAUUCUUUUCAGUCCAUUCCUCGCCCUCAUCCGCUACUCCAUCUGAGGGAUCUUCUACAGCGUCAGCAGAGGGUGAUAAUAUGAAGUGGGGUGAUCGCUUUCAAAUGCUGGUCCAAAAUUUCCAGUUCACGGCUGUAUUGCACUCAAAGAAGUUGAUCGAUAUUCUGCCGAAGAGCCGAUGGUCGAGACGCUCACGGGCUCGGACGUCUCCCGAACCAAACAAAAAGUAG